GCAAAGCGAGAGCAAGAGAUUAGCUGUCCAAAGUGGACAUUCUAUUCGGCAAAUUGCUGCCAAAUUGUAAAGUUUUUGAAGGCCGAGGGCCUAAAUCUUCUGCCAUAGACCCGUUGUUUGUCUAGAGGAUCUGCAGUUGUGCAGUUUACGCGAAAUCAUGGAGUUUUCCAUCGCUGGAAUGUUGUUUUGAAAAGGUUUACUGGUGUUUUAACUCAAGGCAAUCUUCACAGUGGCACCUAAAACCCGACAAAAUUUGCCGGAUGUGUUUGCUGCAUGGUUCUUUGUUGACGCCCACUGGAUCAUUUAUAAAGAAGGCUACAAGUUUUUUGUUUUCCAAUUUCUUUUAAUUGGAAUUUUAUACCAGCUUUGUAGCUUCAGCUUACGUUGUAUUUAUCGCGGUCAGUGAGGGCUAGUCGAUAUGAGCUUAAUAUUUUAGACUCCGUGUCUUUGAGUCCUGCCCAAUUUCUUCUCCGUCUUCGUAAAUCUGUGAUUUCGUUUGUGAGACAAGAUCAACGAUACGAUUACUUUGGUGGUGGAAAUUGUGCUAAACGAGUUAUUCGUUACAUUGCAAUAAACGAGUAAUUUGUAAUUAUCAGCUGCAUCAGCUUAUAUCGACCGCUGUUGGGGAUUUCGUGUAUGGUUUGAUUGUUUCAUACUCGCUACUUCUUCCUUCGCUGGCUCAAAGUCAUGGGUUAAAAACGUAAGCUCAAAAACAUAUGGCUUCCAUUAGAGCAAACGUGGAGGUAAGUUGUUUUGAUACUUGUGUUUUAAAUCUAGCUGUUGUGGGGUUGGUUUGUUGAUCCUAUUCGAGACAAUCAGUAUUCUUAAACACUGUAAUGUUACAGCAGGAGCUAAAUUCCUUCGCGUUUCUGCAUUUCACUUGCGUCGGAUUCCAAGAGCAUUUUGCUAGUGCCAUACAGCGAGUAGAGCCUUUUUGAGUAGCAAGACGAUUUUAUGUUGUUUUAGACAAGCCGUAAAUUGUAUGAAAAGGUAUGUUUAUGUUUGCAUUAACUAUGUUUCAUGUCACCGACUGCCACAUUUUGUAAACUGGCUCAUUGUAGCUACAACGUUGUAGAUGUAGUUUACUCACGCGAAGUGAAUGUGCAUAAGUUUUAGCGGCAUUUAUAGGACUGUGGUUACUUUUAUAUAUUAAGAGAAGCGUAUUUUUCCUAAUCCUCUUUCUGUCUAUCUGUCGAGUGUAAGUAAUAAUUCUUAGAACAUUCUUUGGCUUUCACGGCCGAUGGAAAUCCUGUGUCUGGCCUCGACCUUAUUUACCCGAACCAGUCUGUGUGUUCUGUUCGCACGUUUGCCUUCGCAACAUGUUUGAUUGUUUAAAAUUUCAUAUCACAAUAACUUCUAACAACUUUAUUUACGCUUGUGUUGUGAUUCUGUCGUAUUAAGAUUCAAUACUGUUAGAGUUGCGAAUAUUUCAUGAGAGGUCGUCUUUUGUUAACGUUUUUUUCUUUAGCAUUGAGUAGCUUAGCUUUGAAGAGAUGUCAUGUCGUGCUUAUUUGUGUUUUCAUCGUUAUUUUAACUUGAAAAGUCUAUUUUAGGUCGCAAAAGUACUGUAAAAUCACAUCGUCCUUUCCAAAGGCCAAACAAACGCUAUUGUCUCGAACAGGCUAAUGAUGUGGAAAUUGGAGAUGAAUUUGCAAGAGUACUCAUGUGGAAAACGCUUUAUUAUUUUAACAGGGGCAACUUAUUUUUCAAAUUGUACUAGAUAGAAUGACUUUUAGCCUUAUUUACUAUUCUUCUGUCUUUAUUUCACUCUCAUAAUUAUUUAACCCUAGCCAUAAAGAAUUAAAUAACAGGUAGAUGUAUGACCUUGGUAUUAAAUGAUAAGCUGUAUUAGGCUUAUUUUUUGAUAUGUGAUAAUGGGCUUAAUGGGUGCCUCUUACUUUGUAAAUGUUUCUUUUCCCUUCAAUCAUAUUCUUUUGGUAAUUUUUCUUUUAGUUUCUUCGGUAGUCUUUCAGAUCUUUUCCAAAACCUGGCAACAAGAUCAGAUAUUCUUUAAAAUACAUGUUGUGAAAUAAUCCCAUAUUUUUUCUGGAUUCAAGGUUCGCCAUUUCUUUUUACAAAAUUUUGCUUGAUAGCUUUAAAUUUGUUAUUAUUGUGGGGUGCAUCUGAUAACCAAGUAACUUCAGGCAACAGAAUAUAAAUAAUAGAGUCACAUUUUUUUACCUUCCUUGAGUUGUUCAUUCUCUUCAGACUUUGUUUUUGGUCUUGAAUAACUUCAGGUCUCACAAAAUGUCCCGUCCAGUAGUCCGUGACAAGUAGCUUUUCUUGCUGGGCAAGUAACUUUUUAAGCUUACUUGCUUAAAGGGCAAGGGUUGAGGAAAGUCAUCCACUAACCAAACCAUUAACUAAGACAAGGAAGAAGUGGCCCCUGGCAAGCAAAAAGGGAGAGCUGCAUGCCCAAAGGACAAGCUAGAAUUCAAUAUUUUUUUCAGGCCCUUUUUUAUUCUGAUAUGUAGAGUGUAGUUGUCAAUGAAAUAGUCUGUAUUUGCCAAAAAAAAAAACUGUUUGAAGCUAUACAUGUAAGUCGAGCUGUUUUUCUGGUCAUCAUCUGACCAAAGAUAACCAAAACUGCGUGGGCAAAACAUUUUUUUGCAAAGUGAAUGUUGCAGUGUAUGCUAGCUUUUGUCUGUGAUGUUAAAUUACAGCAAAACUUCAAGAACAAAUAAUUAGUGGAAAGAGGAUUUUAUUCUUUUGAAUUUUCUGUGGAAAUUCAAUGUUUUUUCAAGCCUGUUUCCAUGGCCAUGGCACCAUUUUGGGUGUGGUCUGAAGUAUAUGUGUACAAGCUAUUGUAGGUGUGAAAGUCAUGUACAUGUAUGACCCAAAGGUGAUGGUGUCACAAGUGGUACAAGAGAUGUGGUUCCAGACAAGCAGUAAAGAACCGUUGAGACAUGAAUGUGUUAAGGGCUAAAGUUCUUCAGUCAAUUAGCAAAAUAUAUCUUCACUGAUAUAACAAUCUUGUUCCCAUUGACUUCAAUAUGCUGCCUCAACUGAGACAAAUUUGUGAAUCUAAAAUCAGAUCAGUGACAUGUAGCAUUUACAGCUUCAGAUAACAACACAGAACUGUUCCUUUACAUACAAUUAUGGUACAUAUAAAACUAUUUAUAUUUUUGCUUUUGUAUAAAGUAUGUGCAUUUUUUGCUUUUAUUUGCAAAGAUAUAGAGACUAUGAUACAUUGUAAACAACUUUGGAAAGAGUAUUAAUGUCAGUAGUUAUAAAAAGUAGUUAUAACCUGGUGCUUCAUUGUACAUGUUAUUUUCUUUUUGAACUUGAUCAUACAUGUGUACAUGUACUCAAAUAUUAUGGUGCAUCCAUAUGUAUUCAUACAUGGAUGUGCUUACGUCCUUCCUAAAAGGAAAGUUAUUUGCAGGCUUGAAUUGUGUCUUGUGGCCUUAAAAAAUAUGGCUUGUGCAUUUAUGUUAAAUUACAAGUGAUAAUCUGUACAUGUAUGUUUCAUUUUCUUGACUAACCAUAGAGUAAUUUGAAGUUUUACUGUGCCUUUUUAGGAAAGUGAACUAGGCUGGACACAAAACAAAGAUUUUGGAAGCAACCAAGCAUUUCUAGCACCAUCCAAGUUGAUCAGUUUGCAGCGUCAGAGUAAUGGCUUUGGAUUCACUCUACGGCAUUUUGUGGUUUAUCCUCCUGAGCUGAUAAAAAAAUCAAGCGAGGUUAGGGCAAGCAUUGUUGUUAGAACUACCUCAGACACUUAAACCCUUUCACCUCUAAUGUUGCCAAGGAGUUUGACAAUAUUAAUGUUUGGCCAACUCCUUUUUCUGAAAAUUUCAAAGCUCACAUUGUGAAGUCAGUUUUUUAACAACCAUUCAGAAUGCUCACCGUGAGGCAGUCAAUCACAGUCCUUCCCAAGAUCUUGGGAAACUGGAAUGCAAUUAGCACUGACAGUACACAAUCACUCCUUUUCUACAUCCAAGAAAACAAUCAGAAGAUGUCUGCAUUCAGGCUAAACUGAAACAAGCCUUAACCCUUUAUGCCCCAAUAUCCACAUACAAAUUCUCCAAACUGAUCUCCAUACAUUUCCUUUAAGAAUUGGUUGAGAGAAUUUGAUGGCAGGUCAAAGCAUUUUCUCUUUAGUGAUCAUUUCAUAAAUUCUCAUAACCCAGUCUCUUGACAAGGUAUGAAUAUUGUUGAGAGAAAAUUGAUGUUGGUCACCAUUGGUACUUAAAGGGUUAAUUAUACUUUGACUCCAAAGUGUGGGAAUCUUGCUAUUCAGCAAGAGUUUUGUAAUGUGAAGUUUGAUAAACUACAGUCGAACCCUGCUAUUUCGAAGUCCCAAGGGAAAUGGAAAAAAGUUCGAAAUGGCGGGGUUUCAAAAUAACCGGGGAAGCGUAAAGGGGAAGGGUAAAUCCAAGGGAAAUUGAUCUUCCUUCGAAAUAGCGGGGACUUCGAAUUAAGCGAGUUCGAAAUAGCGGGGUUCGACUGUAGUAAAUUCUCCUUCCAACUUGAAGGGAAGGUUAUCACAAGAUCAGGAUUCACUGUAAGGGUCUGGUCCAACUGGACUGACUUGUUACAUAGAGGCUCUUGAUCUUGAGGUUGGUCCUCAGGUUUCUAAUUAAUUUUGCCCUUGGUAGAAUUCCCACUAGUGAGUUGGGGAUUAUGGUGUCUAAACAUCCCAUAAAUCAAGCUCCAGCCCUUAUGCAACACCUGCAAAUUAAACCCAGCAGUACAGUGUUCCACUACUGUAUGUUUUAUGAUGUGAUUAUCUGGAACAUUUGGUAUAAUGGAAUGCACAGUUUAUUUUUUUUGCCAAAAAUAGGCUUUAUUUGGAGUUGUUCAAGUUUCAAGGCAAAUCCUGAACAAUGUGUACUUUUAGUUGUACAAUAUUCUUUUCUGUACAUGUGUCUAACACUUUAACUUUGCUUUCUGAUUCACUGUUCACUCAUCACACAUUUUUUUGCCUCUAGUCUGGGGUUAACGGGCUUGACCACCAUGUUGAAAAUGGUGAUCGGCAGAAGACAGAGCCAAUGGACACUGUAUUUGUCCGUCAAGUGGCACCCAGUGGGCCUGCAGAUAGAGCAGGUCUCUCUACAGGUAUGCUUUGUACUUCAUGAUAAAUGCCAAUGCUAAAAUUUAAUGUUAAAAAGGUAAAAGGUGAAACGAGCAUAUAUUUUUGUCGAUAACCUGUGACAGUAGUACACUGUAGUAGUAGUAGUUAUUUAUUUUUCCAUAGAUUAAACAAGUUUAUAGAAACAAAUAAUUAUUAGAGAAAAAGGGCAAAAAUAGUAAAAAAAUUAUUAAUUGCCCUAAUAGAUUGAAAAAAUUAAUAUGAAGAAUUGCUAACUAAGAAAGAAAAAUAAAUAAGUAAAAAAUAAACUACAUGAAUAAAUUAAUACAGUGAAACCUUUAUUAAGCCCACCCCCAAUUAAGUGGACACCCUCCAUUAAUUAAGCGGACAAUAAGCUGGUCCCGAAAUUAACAUCUUAUUUUUCCCUCUAUAAUGAACCCCUAUUCAGCAGACACCUCUAUUAAGCGGACGUAGACGCUAAAAUAAAUUCUAUUUGGCUAAUUUCUAACCUCUAUUAACCUCUAUUAAGCAGACACAAGAGUAAAUUGACAAAUUUAUAGUAGUAUUGGAUUACGUCUUUGAAAUACAUACAGUAGUUGAUUAAUAAAGAUAAAUCAAUACAUUUAGAUGUCAAUAAACUGUAGAUUAGACCCAUAUCUGGCCCUAUGAUUGUCAUCCAUGAUCAAAGUUCACCUAAAAGUCUUGCCCAAAGUACAUCAUUUCAUCAUGAACUUAUCACAGUACAGAGUAACCGUUGAAUGUUAAUCUUUUAUCAAACAUUGCCCAAUUUUUACAAACUUCUAUUAGGCGGGCACCCUCCAUUAAGCAGACACUUGGGAAGGUCCCGAAGGUGUCCACUUACUAGAGGUUUCACUGUAAGGUAAAAAUAUAAAAUAAAAUGCUAGUACAGAAAAACAAGAAAAGAUCACAUUCAAUAAGCAAAUAAAAUAUAACCGGUCCAAACAGACACACGAAUACAUAUAGGUCUGAAAGAAAUCUGUAUAUUUAGUGUGAGUAGCUAAAGCAACUAAGUCAAUCUAGCAUUUAUUUAAUAUUGGAUAAGUAAUGACUGAAGAGGGAAUUCUUGAAUAGCUUGUAAAUGGAAAAGGGAAGAUUGUUCCAAAAAUAAUUAUCGUCCAAUAAUAGUGGGAGAGAACUUUCUAAUGUGUGUUCUGUAAUAAUAAAUCUAGGUACUUGUGAUAUCAAUAAUAACCGGAUAAACUUGAGGUCGAUGGUGAGCUCAUUUUACCCCCCCCCCCCCCCCCCUCCCAAUGAUGAGAAACUCAACAGAAAAUAGAAAGAACCCUGCUACAAUCAGAGUCUUGUUUUGUUGACUUGGUUUUAAUUUAUUUUGACCAAAAUUAAAAAAGAAAAAGGAAGAUACGGUAAAGUUCUGAAAAUAAGCCCUGGAGCAUAUAUAUUUCAAAGGCCCUUUUUGAGGGGCUUAUCUACGGAGGGAAAUUUGCAUUUCCAAAUCGAUUUGGCUAGCCUUAUAGUUGGAAGUAAAUUUACCAUUUUUACUGUUUUUGUUUUGUUUUACUUUGUAUUUGAGGGCAAUUUUCCAAGUACAAGCCCCUGGGAGGCUUAUAUGUGGAGAGGCGAUUUAACGGAGGGUUAAAAAGACAGACAUCCUUGGAACAUGAAAAAGGUGUCCUUAAAUGGGGCUGGCUGCUUACCGGAAUGUAAAAUACAGAGUUUGUAUGGGAGUUGAGGAAAACAGAGUUUUGUGAAUGCGGCCAUAUGUAGAGCUGUCUGCUUACAAAAGUACCCUUUAAUAGGAGAGCUUUCGCUGUACAUGUAGUUUUCUACCCCCUACAGGGUACCCCUGACAUUUUUAUAGUGAGUUCACCCCUACCUCCUUCCCCGUAAAAUCUGACGCCUGUGUAGUUGACCUGUGAAAGACAUAAAUGAAAUGACUGUGCUUACACAGAAGACCUAACCAGCAAUCAUGAUUUACUCAACUCCUUUGCUAUGUUUGUUUUGUAUUAUCACAGGUGAUCAAAUCGUGUCUGUUAAUGGACACCCAGUUAUGGGAAAAUCAUAUUCUCAAGUGAUCGAGCUGAUUUUGUCAAGGUGUGACAUAUUAAAAUUGCAUUUUUUAAUGCCACAUGUCUGCUUACCUCUUUAAGCCCCAAUAUCCACAUACAAAUUCUCCAAACUGAUCUCUGUAUAUUUUCCCUUGGUGGUCAGUUUGUUAUUUCUCAUAACUUUUUCUCUUGAUGAUGUAUGGAUAUCAUUAGGAGAAAGUUGAUGUUGGUCACCAUUUGGACUUCAAGGCUUAAGUAUAUGUAGCAUUCCUGCCAGGCUCCCAGUUUGAGGUGUUCUGAGGUGAUUAGGCAAUUACCCUAUACACAGGUCAUCCAACACACAGUGGAACUCUGUGAAUGCAAUCACCAUUGGGCCAUUGAUAAUGAGGUGGUCGCAUUAAUUGGGUCUACAAUAAUCAAAUGACUACACCCUUGUAAGUGAUUUUUACAUUUGGGUGGAAAAAAUAUGGCUCGUAGUAAGGGGGUGCAGUCUUAUAAAUGGGGUGGGGUUCCACUGUAUUUUUUAGCUUGCAGGGCUUGAAAAAACUGAUUGUAGGCACUGACUGUGAUGUAUUGACAAAGGUUAGAAAAGUAUGAACAAGCCAAUCAGCGGCGGCGGAGUGAACUAAAAAGUGUGUGUAUGUGUGGGGUAGGGGGCUGAAAAUAAAAUUGGUCAUUCCAGGAAGGGCUGUUUUUGAUUUUGAGAGGUCUACUUUACUGUAUCUAAUACAUUAACAUGUUAUUGUUCAAUAAUUUUUGCAGCCAAGAAUUGUUGGAGUUAGGCAUCAUACCUAAAGAGGACUGUGUUCUUCAAAUGGUAUGUACAUUUCUGUAUUGUGUGUAUAAAAUCUAUGUUAACGCCUGCGUCGCAAGUGGAGGUUGGGUGCCCAUGGGCCAGGGGGCUGCAACCGCAAUACACCCCAAGGCGGAAGAACACCCACAGGCCUACCAACCCGCAACCCAGCCACUAGCCCCCCCGCACCCAGCCCCCCACUAUAGCACCCGUCACACUGAGGCCAGAAGCCCAGUGGAAGUAAAAUGAACCAACCCCUGAAAAAAUAAAUAACUAAAUAAAUAAAUAAGAAAGAAAGUGGAGGGAGGGAGGGGAACCAAGAGAAAUGCUACGCUACUGGAACGCCACGCCAUGCCACGCCACGCUAACAAAGCCUCGAGUACAACGCAAACACAACAUAGGCACGUGGCCUCCCCAUGCGCCAAAGCGACAUACCGCUGGACAGGAAUCUGCCCUCCAGCUCACGAACAAUGGUAAACGCUACAAACGCAAACAUAGUCACGCACAACGCUACAGAUGACCAACGCGCUACCAAAAAAUGCCAAAAACACCCGAGACCAUAGCUCCUGGUCGUUAACUACAUUAAAUAUGAUUUAAUGGUAUUUAAAAUGUAGUUGUGGCUUUCUGUGCUUUACAGCACAGCAUAUGAGAAAACUGAUAUUUGUAGGGAUUGAUGAUGUGGGUGCUCAGUACUGUAGUAAGGCUUCGACACGUGUAUAGCUUUUUCUAAAGUGCUUUAAUAAACACAAUAUAUCUUUCUUAUUUCGUUAAAACGUGGCCACUAGGUUUUCACCUCGCGCCGGGGGCACCAGCUCCAGGCCAGCCCGGUGUCCAGAAAAGUAGGGGACUUGAUUUCUUGGUCGGUACAGCUGGAUAGCCCAGGGACUGCCCUAACAGUGGGUGGGUGGAUCAGGCCUUGGAGUCAAAACUAGUGGGGUAGGGAGGGGGCUGUUUUGACACAACCCCUUCAGUAAGCAACAGUGUUCAGUUCGGGCUUUGACUGGCGAGUACCUUGGUCUUAACUUGCCCUAGCCAGCUGAAUCAGACCUCUGCUGAGAAUGAUUAUCAUGACAAUUGCAGAGCUCAGUGGGAGGUGCAGACACUCACCCAUUGUCCUGGGUGGGGAGGGUCAAAGUCUUGGUACCAAGGACACACUUAGCAUAGGACCUUUAGACACUCACUGAAGCCAUGUUAUCGUAAAUCCAGUCAGAUAUACACCAGUGCUAUUUUCUCUGCUCCUUCUUUUCCUCUUAUUUGUCAACCCUAAAAACAGUAAGAAGCAAAAACAAAACAAUAACAACAGCAGCUGCAAAUCGUUACAGCAAGGAGCCCAAAAGUGUGACCGCUUUUGAUUUAUUCACAUUCUUUUGUGCAGAUUUAAUCCAAUCAGAAUCCAUCUGGAAACUGUCCUCAACUUUUGAUUGGUUAAUGUCUGCGUGAAAGAAUGUGAAUUAAUUAAAGGAGAUCACACUUUUAAGCUCCUUGCGGUAAUGAACUUAAAUAGAAAUUAGCUUAAAGAAAUUGUUAAAUGUUUCAUGAACUUUCAACCAAACAAUGUGGGCCAUUCAAGAAUGUAGACAUGUAUUGGGCAUGGCUGCACAUAGGCUUGAGACCUUAAGCAGACAUCUUUUAUUGAAAUACACAUUAUCAUUAUUCUUGUUUUUUCAGGUGACACCAGGACUCUCUGUCCCUCCAAAGAUUUCUUUGAGUACACAUGAGCUCAAUCAACCUCCUCCACCAAUUAAACCCAAACCAGUGUAUAGAAGAAGAUCAAGUGGGGAAAACCCGGGAAGAGUCAUGUCGUCUGUAACUAUCAGCCCUGCGAAAUCAUUUCAUUUAAAUAUGACUGAUAAACCAUCAAACGGUGACACACCUAAUCCCGCUGUUACACUACGGAGAGGCUCUGUAGACAGAACAGCAAUGGAGAAUAGAAGUUUUGUUAUUACCUCAGAAAAUGUGGACUACAAUAGCAAUUUAAAAUCAAGAAGUUCAAGUGCUCUUGAGAGCAGUAGUGGGAACACAUGUCGCAUGGACGGAUCUUAUUUUAUGGCUGCCACUGAUUCUAUGGGUAGACCCCUUGCACUUCGAUUUGAGAAAGGAUCUAAAGUUGGUAACACGCUCACCGUUUUGGAGGAUUCCUGGACAAAGACUCGCUCUCAUUCACUUCCUGUUGCGGAACUCCAAGGUUUUGAAGAGCGAAGCAGAACUAGUAGCACCUUGAGUGAUGUAGGCAAGGUUAGAACUGCGAAAGUAACUGAUGCCUAUAGCUUAAGUGCUGAUCGUAGUGCAGUAAGCAUUCCUCCAUUUAUGCUUUCAUCGCCAAGAACUGUUGCGUCAGACAGCCCAUCAACAACAUAUAUGAAUACAAACACAGAUGUGGGCUCUCGCCAACCAGUAGCAACUGAUCCAGGCUUCCAGAAGACUCGACUGUCGCACGAGGAAACUGCCUCAUAUCUAAUAAGAACAUUAGCCUCCCGCAUGAGUAAGGAUCGUCAGGGGAGUUUGAAAUCAUCAACUAUGGGAACUACCCUGUCGGAGAGUAGAGAUGUGUAUUCACAGCAACAGAGUAGUUCUAAUGGACAGUGGGUAGGAUCAGAAUCUAACGCAGAAAAUUACAAAGAAUCAGAUUCACCUCAUCCUGCAAAAGUCCCUCGGCAAGGGGACAACCACAUAAAGCCUGUUGGCUUUUCCAAUCAGGUGUCAAUGUUCCCAAACAAACAAUCCUUUGAGGAAGUAACGUUUUCCCCAUCACCUGUUUCUACUGCAUCAGAAUCGGAUGCUUCUCUUCCUAACAAACAGGGCAGUCCAAAACCGAGGCGUGUUUCUUACUUAAUGGCAACCUCACGAGGCAAUGCAUCCCCAUCCGACCAGAAAAUUUGGGCUACUGCUCCACAAACCAAAAAGCCCACAAAGUCAUCUGUGUUUGAGGCAUUGUCGACAAUGUUGCCACCAGUUAUGGUGCAUGUUUCAUCCGGGAUGGAGCUCUGUGAAGAUGUUGGAAUAGAAGAAGGGAUGGAUAUUCAUCCCAACGAACAGGAAGAUGAGGUAUAUUGUACCGGGAAUGAUAUAACAUAAAUUAACAAUGAUAUUAAGCAAUUAUUGGAUAAGGUUGAGUAUGAUCUGAAGAAUUAUGGACAUCAACUUAUACAUUUGUAAUACCCUCCUCAGAUCAUGUGAAAGCCGAGUUCAAUAAUUGUUUUAUCACUAGUUCAAAAUAAUCCCAACUGUAGUUCAAAAACAAGCUGAUGUUACAUGUACGUUCACUUGUAAAAAUUUGCCUUGUUUCAGCUAUUUCAUGAUAUAAAGGCCAAUUUAGUUCUGCAGAUGUUCUCCAAAUAGCAGAUGUCACCUCUCAAGUGGUACUUUUGCUGUUCUUGCUAUGCUUUUUGGCAGUGGUUUGGCUUUUUCUUUGUUGUGAAAUUUAUGUCUAAAAAAUUCUGCCAUUUUGUAUUGUUGUACAAAUACAAUGCAACCUCAUCCCCAGAGCUCCAUGGUGUACCUCCAUUUUUGGAUGGAUUCUUAAUGCAUUUUCUUUUGCUUUAUUACUCUCAGCCUCAUAACCAAGUAUGAAUUAUUUAAAGUUUGAAACUGAGGACUCAAAUGCAAUGCAUAACAGGGGCGGAUCCUGGAAUUUUUGAUUGGGUGGGGGGGUUCAAACUUUGUUUCAGAAAAGACUGUUGAACUUUUUUGUGGUAAAUUACUUCUCCCCCAUAAUCCCCACACCCCCACACCCCCACACCUCCACACCCCCUCCUACCAAAUGCGGUUGCCAAUAAAUUUCCUUGGCCAGUUAAAAAGUAGGAAAAUACAUGUACAUUGUACAGCUGUAUUGCUCAUUGGGUAACACUUCAGGUGGCAGAAAACCUGUGAUCUGGAUAUUCAAGUUUAACAUCGCUGUUUUGUUUGUCUUUUUAAAAAGAAUUCCGUUUGCUUCCUUUAUGUAUAUGUAUACUACAGAGUGAAUUUACUGUACUUAUUCACCAAUGAUUGUUUUUUUUCUUCUGGCAGGUUUUUUCAGGUUUAACUGAAGGCAAAGUUACAAGCGAAAGCACAGUUCAGCGAACAGGCAGACGCGUUUCUUAUGUAAUGGCAACUUCAUCUCCAAAAUCAGUCAAGUAUGAAAUGACUCUAGAAGAAACUAAGGAAGAAGAGGUACAUUGUAAUGUUUAGCAAUGAUAUUUUUAUUGUGGCAAACAUUAGAUUAAUUUUGUAAUGUGUUGCAGCAUCAAAAUUAAAAAAAAAUUAAAAAGCAAUUGAUUCUUAUUAAUUCUGGGUAGCAUUAUUUAUCACACAAGCAUUCUGACAUCAAUUUACACUCAAGAAAAUACUUAUGUGAUUACAAGAACUCUGUUUGUAGGAAAGUUCGUAAAAAAAUGAAUAAAAGCUAUUUCAAUAAAAAGUCCUCAGCUCUGUUCUGUAAAAAUACAUGUAUUGUCAGUAUAUAAAAGACAUACAUUGUAAGUACACCUUAUUUUAAACCUAUUAAGUUGUGUACAUGUACAUUGAAUAACUAAUUUGCCUACAAUACAGCUCUAAUUAAGUGACAAAUAAAUGAAUCAAAGUAUCAAUCAGUCAAUGAUGAUUUAAGUUUUUUUAUGUUUUUAUCACAGGAAACAAAAGAGCAGGGCGAUGCAGUGCCAGGAAUGUUAGAGGUAAGGGCCGCAUUUUCAGAAAUUUCGUAUGAAUUUGAACUGGUCGUGUUGCAGUAAGCUCAUAACGCGGUUAUUUUAUGCAUAUGGCUUGAAUUGUGCUGUUGAGUGCUUUAUAGUUUAAGGAAUAGCAUAUAAGUCUAACAUACACUAAUGCACCAGGCAUCGCAAGGUUUUCCUUUCUUUUAUUUCCACCUGUAAAUUGUAAAUUAUAAUUUGUUUACCCACGACGCACUUAGGAGUUCUUAUGAACUCGUUCAAUGUGUCCGUGGAUUUCAGAUUAAAUUGCAAUUUGGAAGAGUUGGUUUUUGAGGAGAGGUGAAAACGAAAGUACCCCGUCCCGGAGAAAAACCUCUUGGAGCAAAGGAAAGAACCAACAAAAAGCUUAUUCUGAACCCAUAAUUAUGUGACAUCGACGCCAGCAUUGUAACCCAGGCCACAUAGUGGGAGGGAGGGGACGGUGCUCUGACCACUUUGCCUCCCUUGCUACCCCUACAUGUUAUUAAGUUAAGUACUGCAUAUUUUUACGAUAUAGUGGCGAGUAGGAAUUCAUUUAUGUUUUCAAUUGCAGGUUUAUAAGGAAGGUCUUCUUUGGAGGAAACUUGCUGUUGUCGAUGGAGGAAAGGUUUGUAAUGGUGAUAAUUUGAUAUUUUAGCUGUAUUUAAAUGCCAUUAACUUUGACAUUUCUUUUAAAAAAACAAUGUUACCUUUUUCUCCUUUCCUUUUUCUCUUCAGCGUUCAAGUGCACGAUCUUGGAAGCCGGUGUUUGCUGUUCUACGGGGCCAUAUUCUCUAUUUACAUAAAGACAAAGGCUCUGCACAUCAGGUUAGAUUGAGAGUGAGCUAAACUCAGACUCCUCUUACAUGCCCACGAGUCUCGUUGCAUCUUAUGGACUGAUACUUUUAUAAUUGUUAUAGUUCAUUUUGAACAGCUUUUUGUCUUGUUUUUAUCAUUAAAAUUAAUAAUAAUGAAUGCUUUCCUUGGCCAAAAAACAUGUUUACUCUGUCCUUAUCUGUGUAUGUAAGUGUAGGCAUAUUGUAAGUGGUUAUCAAUUAUCCAGUACUGUACUAGAGUUAAUAAGUUAACUCUAUAAUUGACAAGCCUCACAUCUGCUGGAGGAAGUGCAUGUGGCAAUCACUUGUAGAGGCGUUAGGUUUACCAAGCGAAUCACUUUUGGUUCCUUUGCAAUAGACUCCUUGCGAAAAAGAAAAAAAAUUGCUAGGCAUGGCUUGCACACACUUUCCGUGGCUACAAGGUACACGAUCCAAGAGAAAACGGCCGCAAUUUUUCGACGCUACCACUUGUUUCCCCACGAAAUGACGUCUAAGAAACGUGCGCAAAAAUUCCAUACUGAUAACGUAUCAGUACCCAGAUCUGGCAAGUUCUUGUGAUUGAAUGAACCAAAUUUUCAACCAAUCACAAGCACUUCCCAAAUCCGGGUAGUGACGCAUCAUCAGUAUGGGAUUUCUGCGCUCGUUUCUCAGACAUCGUGUUGUGGGGAAACAAGUGGUGGCGUCGCCAAAUGUCAGCUGUUUUCUCAAGCUUAUGAUACAUGCAUGUGUGAAGUUCGCAAGUGACGUAGUUUUCACUAGUAGUUUUUUUGCACUAGGGACUGAAAUAAGAUUUUUUUUUACAUAUGGCACGUGACAUGUUCUCGUCCAAUCAGGAAGCACGUUUGACCUAAGAGAUUAUGAAUUUUUUCUUUUAGGAGGAUAUUUCUGAUGAACAACCAAUCAGUAUCAAGUCCAGCAUUGUCGACAUUGCACAUGACUAUACCAAAAGGAAGAACGUUUUUAGGUUGACCACAUUCAAUGGGUCUGAGUUCCUAUUUCAGGUACAUGAACUUUUUUGUUUCGUUUCAAUGUCAUUUUUCCUGCUUAUUGGUGUCACUCUCCGAGGUGCUCUGGCGGCGUGGUGGGAAAAUGAAGGGGAGCUUGUAACUACGUCUCCGGAAUUUUGAAUUCUCCUUCCAAUUCCCCUGUUGCUCCCCGUCGAUUGAGCUGUCAGAUUUCCGUCAAUCAGCGCGAAGCGGAAACGAACGCGAAUUUAAACAAACGUUGAAAAACACGUGCCAAGGGUAAUGACGUCAUAACUAAUGUCAUCUCUGCCAAUCAGCAUUUCGCAUCGACUUUUUCGAUGCAGAUAUUCAAAUUCCAGAGACGAAGUUGCAAGCUCCGGAGAGCUUUCUCGCAGGCUAAAAUUAGCCCAAAUCAGUGCAUGUAUGUAGGUCCUUUUUCCUCUCUGCUUGACUGUGUAAUGCGGAAUAAAGUACUUCAAAGCUGUGGUUGACACUUUUGCCGUUAAACGUUUAGCACAUCAUCCAUAUACUGCUUACUUGCUAAAAAAGUGCGCACACUGUUGUCCGUAAAGAGUAUGGGACAUAGUUGCGGUGUGGUGGUCUUCAUGUAUCUCAAAUUCACACUCAUUUCACUCAUGUUAGGGCUCAUUCAUAACUCAUUACUUCUGUUCAUUAAUUGCGAUUUGCACCAAAAGCAAUUUGAGUAAAAAUUUUACCCAAACAGGGUUGUAAAUAGCUCGCGUUCGAUAUAUUAAAAUUCUAACAUGACUUGGAGGCUUUAGGGUCAAAAUGGCAAGUUGUUCACGACUCCAUUGUCUCGUAAUUCCCCAGAAGAGAAUUGAGCACAAAAAAAACAAACCAAGCUUCGGAGGUAUGUUAGAAUCUUAAUAUACCGAACGAGGGCUAUUAUCCCUGAAUAACCCUGAGGGGAGUGGAUAAUCAUAUAUUUACAAUUUGCAAUUAAAAAGUGUUUGAAAAUGAAACCGCAGAAUUGUCGUUGCUGAUUUCCAACAAAAUAUGUGAACAGGCACGGAGGAAACUUUGUAAUAAUAUUUUUUAAAAUCUCUUUUUUUGUGUGUAUUCCGUUUCAGACUGAGGAUCACGACUCUAUGAUGUCUUGGAUUGCCGCAAUACAGGCCAACAACAACCCUGAUGAGGAUGUGAGACUUUUUUCCUGUUAUUUUAUUUUACUUGCUUAUUGGAAGUAAAGGUAGCAGUAGAGAAGGAGAAGUCGUCACGUCACGUUGCCAUGGUAGUAAAAUUUCUGGAUGACAGCAAACCAAAAACGUCACUUGAAAAGUGAAUUCACACUCUUUCAAAAUUCAUCGAUCUUAUUCAAUUUCAUUUGAUUUGUCAAAUCAUGGCGAAAUUUUCUGGGGUUAAAUCCGUAAAGAUCGUAUCUGAGUUUAGAGGAAGAAAAAGAAAAUUUUGUCUUGUGUUAUCUAGUCCAUAAAGUGGGCGCGUGAAAUUAGAAGUUUUAUGUCGCACGUGCAAAAUUAUUGUCGUCAGGGGCGGAUCAAGGAUUUUUUUUAGGAUGGGGUGCACUCGUCUCUUGCUCUACUUCAACACCAAUAAACCACAUAUUUUUUUUUUUUUUUGCAAAAUACUAGUUUUAUUAGAAAACCGCAGAUCAUCACAUGGGGGGUGGGGCGCACCCCCUGCACCCUCCCUCUAGAUCCGCCCCUGAUCUUUCUAAUCUUAACCUGAUGCUUUUUUGCCAUUCUCGUUGCCGUCGUCAUCGUCGUUGCUUAAGCUCCCUAUUGUUGUGAUCCAGAAAUUUUGCUACCAUGGUAACGUGACGUCACACAUCUCUCUACCCAAGAUAAGAUACUAGGGAGCUCAAGCAACAACGACGGCGACGGCUACGAAAACGUCACUGAAAAAAUGAAUUCGCGCCGCCUCAAACUUUAUCACGCUUGUUCCAUUUUCGUUUAAUUCGUCAAAUGUUGGCAAUUGUUUUGGAGUUGAAUUCUAUAGUUCAAGAAAAGAAAAAGAAAGUUGCUGUAUUGUGUUCCCGUCCUCGACAAAACGUGAAAUUAGGCACUUUCACGGUCCAAUUUUCGUGUUGUUUGGGGUCAGGGAAACGCACCAUUGGUGACUUCUCUUCCGGGCAGCUGCUACAUGUGCAUGACCCCUUUCACGGCGUAGUCGUGCAACGACGGUUAAAAGAUGUACAAAAAAGCGUGAUGCACGUCCAAAGUUGCUGUUCUAAACCUAUUGCUUUUUUGCGGUUCUCGUUGCCCUCGCUGUGGUCGUUGCUUAAGCUCCCUACAGCUUACUAAGAGGUUGGGGGUUUUUUAUAUGCUACAAAGUAGUAGUUUGUUUAUGCGUUUUCUGAUUGGCUCUAAUCCCCCGGCUAAUUUAAAUUCUUCAUAACCAACUAUCGCUUAUCUUAUUUGGAAGAUGCGAGCAAUAUACCAUAGAUUCGACGAUAUGAAUUAUGAUAUGACAUCAAUCAACCUCGUUUCCAGACGCGGCAACCUAACUGUUCUUGAGUGAACUAAAAGGGAAAAUGGCAUUCACGCCCAUUCGAAGACGAAAUAGCGGAAUUCCUAACUAACUGAUCACCGAUCGUUAAAUCAACCAAUCAAAUGCUUGCUUUAUCUUAUAGGAAAAUGGCGUUAGCAGCCAGAGUUUGAUUAUAAGAAGAAUGAAAACAGUGGAACAUGAAACUUCAGGGUGAGAAUGAUAGUACUAAUGUUAUCCGUCCAGCUGGAGUACGGGCACAAGCUCCGCACACAUAGUCGCCGGAGUCAUACGCAAAUCAAAAUGUUACAGAGCUUUAGAUUUGAGAACGAGUACGAGUACGAGUACGGGAUGUAACUUAGAGGUUUUUUUGCGUAUUCUCGACUAGCCUGCGAGCAAGCUCUCCUAUUUGGGCGAGCGAAGCGAGCCUCGCGAGAACGCGCGAGCGAGGGGCCGAGGAAAGGAGAGCUUGCAACCAUCUCUCAUAAAUUUUCAUUUCCACCCCGGAAACCCCGGGACUCCACAAAGCGCGAAAAUUGUCACCGCAAACGUGCGGCAGAUUAGAAAAGUGACAACCGCCUGUCAAGUAAGUUUAGACAGCCGAGGGCACGUAGAGUUACUUAUUUAUAAAUCGCUUUCACAACAGCAUUAAAGCAAUGUUUUUAAUAUCACUGAUAUGUUUUUUUUUUUCACGGGGACAUCGAACUUCAACGUGUCCGCUCGGAUAAGAACUCACUACUUUGAUUCUCGUUUCGUUUACUUUUGAAAGGUCGUCAAUACUGCAGCGUAGAAGACUACUCCCCAUCGCAAUCACCAACAAAAACAUCAUAUAUUUGUCCGUCUGGAACUGGAGAAUAGCGUUUUUCGGCACUUGGUUCUCUUAAGGUUUACUCCAGUUGCUUCCAACUCUUUCUCUUUUCCUUCUUUACGAUCAAGCUACACAGCUACACUGUCAAGUACAUGUUUCUGAAUUUUUCUACCCAGUAGAAUUCAAUCGGGCGAAAAAACGAUGUUGGAAGGCAGCGCUUUAAUCACUCUUCACUUUCUUUCUCCCGGUUUUCAGAACUAAACAAGGCGCUUGACACAAAUGAAUACAACUGAUGAAGGGUUUUCAUUUUCCUUCCACAAGAACUACAAACUCGGUCCGACUUAUCCUCGGCACGCAAUAUUCUCUUUGCGAGAAUUACAACAAACGAGCCCGUCUGCAUUGAGCGCUGAAACAAGUUCUCGGUACCAAUCUGAUCCCCCUGAGAACCAAAUUUGACACACAGACGAAGCGGGUGCCAGCUUGGCCUGUUAUCAAUCAAAUUUGAUUUCCGGAACGUCAUUUUUCAGCCAAUGGUAUUUCCCUUCGUCUGGGCGAAGUACAAAUGAAAAUUUGUAAGGGAUGGUUGCAAGCUCUCCUUUCCUCGCUCGCGCGUUCUCGCGAGACUCGUUUCACUCGCCCAAAUAGGAGAGCUUGCUCGCAGGCUAAUUCUCGACAAGUUUUCAACCCGGAAAGCUUCAUUGCACUAUUUUUCAUCUGAAAAAUUAGUAAGGUUAUCAUUUUUAGAGAAGGCUUAGCCCUUUCCCGGUCGCAAACCUACCCUAGUAGAAUAACGACUACUAUCACGUUUUCCCGCCAAAAUGAUGCUGGUUUUACGCGCGAGUACUACUCAGUAUUGAGGAAAUCUCGUACUCGUAGUCGUCCUCGUCUCAGAAUCUAAAGCUCUCUUCUAUAGCUUGAGUGUUCGCCGUCUUUGAAAACGAAAAAGAAACUGGGUUGAGUAAACUUUUGCAAAGAAUUCUGGGACUGUUAUUAGGAUUUGGCUAAUAGCUAACCGGCGCUUCCACGCUAACAAUCCCAGAAGCAUUUGCGAGACGCAUUUCGGCUCCAGUUGCCUUCUCGUUUCAAAGGUGGUGAGUGGAUGAUCUGUAAAACACCGACUUGUGGUCAGUGUUUUUCUUUUGCGUCGUUUUCUGUUUUUGGCCAGAAUAACACAAUAGAAAACGUAAGAAAUGAUUAAUGGGCCCUAAGCCUGUCCUUGCGUUUUGGCGCUUUAGUAUAGAUGGUUUUCACAGUGACGUCAUCAAAUUGUAAAGUCAAAAUAGCGAGGUUUUACGAAUUCUUACGAACACUAGGUUGAAGAUAAACAAAAAGUUAAUCUUUGUACAAGUUUUCAGUCCCAUAGCAUGUUUCAUUUCGAAAAUACAGCAAUUUGAACUUCCGAGUUUUCAGAGUGCGUGACACCAAAAUAGGAAUGCUGUCUCGUUGAAAAAAAGUCUCUCCUCUUGAUUUUCAGCAGUAUAACCAUUUCAAGUAUUAGAAGAUAUGUUUAUGCGCACGUAGGCUAGUUCUCGAGUGAAAAGAAGGAGCUUUUAUUGAACAAGUGAACUCCUGAUAUUUUUGUUGAUUUUCGGCGGCCAUAUUGGUGCACCAAAACUGUGCACCAAUAUGGCGUCUCCAUACAGAGCUCUACAAAGAUGCGUGAAACGUUUCGGCAAAUAACUCAGAAACUGUGGGCCAAAAAGACCUGAGACUUGGACAAAUUGUUUAAAAAUUAGUCCUUUAUAACAUAUCAUUUUCUUGGCUUCUUUCACUGGACGGUUUUCAAAUUAUUUUUUUGUUGCGUGACAGUGAAAACGAUCUAUAAACCUUUUUCUCAGUCAUUUGCUCAUGAACGAGUGCUCCAGGUUAAGCCUUGUUCUAAACAUUGUUUUCUGGGUUAAAGUGUCUCUUUUCACUUCAAACUUACUACGUUGUUGUUGUCAAAGAAAGGCAGCUUUUUUUAUCGGUAAAAGGAAAAUAUUGUUCCUGUUGCUCCUAAGAUUCUGUGGUAGAAGUAAACUCCAAGUUCAUAAUUCUUAGCCAAACUUCCAUUGUCUCAUUUUAUCACGGACUUCGCACUUUUGUCAAAAAAAGAGGUGUUUUUACUAAAGUAGACUACUUAAUGAUUUCUCUUUCAGAUCAAGUACAGUUUCGUCAGGUCACAAGUUAUCGCCCCCGGUGAACACUAAAAUUUCUGUUAUUCCGGGAAUAUCUAACAUCAAGAAAAGCUUGUCUUUUAAGCACAUAACCACCGGACAAAAAGGUACAAUGAUGAUUUCUUGGUGGCAAUACCCUUUGAACAAUGACAUUUCUAAGGAGUUUACACCCCAUUCAGGAAGCCUACAACUACCUUAUCAAAAGUGGCCGUCAUAUUUAUUCUUCCAGCAAACUACGCUUAUUGACGGAAAAUGUUAUGAACAUAACCAUACGUUUGUGUUAGAAUGUACGCAUGAUUUAUGAAAACAAAGAGGCAAAUACUACUGAGACCUUGAUUGGGAAAACCAGACGUACAAGCUAAAGAAGUCUAAAGGCAACUCUUUCUUAACAGACACCUCAUAUAAGACAGACACCAUCUGUCCAGCGGUUUAACUUUAACGUUUACACGUGCCCAUCCAUACAUUGCCUCUAUUUUAUUUACGCGCGUAAAAUUUACGUGCGUGCGGCCACGCACGGAAAAAUUACGCGACAGUGGAAAAUCCACCCUUAGUCAGCUGGUCCUAAAAGCGUCCGUCGUAAAAGGAGUUGACUUUAUUGCAUGACAAGUUGUUGAGAGGUUUAUUCAGUGGAUGGUGCCAUCCACCCUGUGAACAACAGCGAUUAGUGUUAUGAGUAUUGGGCGUAUAAAGCAUGCGAAUGAUACCUGGAAAUGUGUUACUGGUCCGUGAAGUUAGGUGAAAGAACAUGAAAUUUACCCUAACCUUUGGUGUCAUAUUUGUGAUUUUCAGGAGAAAGUGGGAAAAGCCAUUCAAAUAAGUCUCUGAAGAAGCGUAAGAAGCUGCAGCACCCUAACAGUUAUCCUUCAGGUAAAUUCCUCCUUUUCCAGGAGGGUUUGUUUAUUGCACUAUGUUCCCCAAUCUGCUUUCACCACAUUUAACUUUUUCUUCCACUAAUGGUAGCUUGCGUGGAUGGCGCGCGAGAUAAGCGAUGUUGCGCGAGUGUGGGGGACGAGCAGAGAGUAGAAGUAGCAGAAGAGACGUUGGUGACGAUGAUUUAUGUAGUUAAGUUUCCUUUCGACGAGCGUUUGUAAUUCCUUUGUCAUUGGUGUAAUGUUCAUGCGAUCCUUUCCAUUGUCACCACCGUUCGGCGACUUGGGAACUGUAGCAAUUACUUUCGCCGACUCAAAGACAAACACUGUCACAUUCUGGCCCAUUUCUGCACUCGUCAUCCAGUUACAGCCCGGUCUCGCUCCCGUUCGCGCAUCUUAUACACUCCUAUUCUACGGAAACUUGAUGUUAAUAUGCGUAAUUCGGUGGUAUUUUUUUCUUACAGGGCAUUCGAUUGGCGUUCCACUAGAGCUUUGUCCACCAUCUAAGAACAACAAGGUCAGUGUAGAGCAGAACUGGUCGUUUUCCUAUGUUUCUAAGUGCACGUAGCCGACAAGAACGGACGUUACCACCUCAGCUCGACAUGUCUUCGGCCUAAGGCGCAGUUCACUUAGAAGAAUUGACCGAAACCGCAAACCGCGCAUGAAAAGUCUCUUGCACAAAGAGUACUCUCUGUAGACUUGCCCACUGGUCGACUUUCUCUCUUAAUAACCGAGCCCCACCCCCUGACAUGAACGCCUCUAUUUGUGUUUUUGUAGAUGAUUCCUUUGAUCGUGGAGCACUGUUGUGAUGUGGUGGAAAGAAAGGGACUGGAAACUGUUGGAGUCUACAGGUAUCGAAUUAUGAAAUCCUUUUGGCAACAGAGUUCUUUAAUUAACAUAAUUAUGAUAUGUCCCUCUCAAACCGGUCCUAGCCUGCAGCAGGCUCCAAGUUUUUCGCACAGUCGUGCAGUGAAAAGGUGAUACGAAAAACGCGCGGGGGCUGGGGACAGAGUAGGCGUGCCUCUUCCCCAGGUCGCACGCGUCUUAUUUGCCUUAUCCAUAUUAUCUGAGAGCCUGGGACAGGCUAUACCGGCAAAGCUAUACUUGAAGCGUGAAAGUAACUUCCUUUUUGUUUAGAUAAGUAUGACUUUUGGUAUAAAAGUGUUGUAACCGUUACGUAAUUACUGAGGCGAAUUUUAGGGAAAACUUGGCGAAUUGAGGCAAAUUAUUUUGGGCUUUUAACUGAAGACGUACCGUGAAAUGAAGUACCGUGCUUAAAUCGUUGAUUACUAGUAGUUAUGACGGCAUAUGAUUGUUUGUGCGGUAUAAACUGCUGUGCCAGUUUGACGUUGUUAGUAUAGGUAAUAGCAUGAUUUGUAGUGAUAUUUGGCAUAAAUACCACGAGUGAUAUUUCGAAAUUGUUGUGCGUAAUUUCACGAGCCGUUAUAGGCGAGUGAAAUUUGGGGUAAUUUUGAAAUAUCCCGAGUGGUAUUUAUGCCAAAUAUCAUGUACAAAUCAUGCUAUUAUUUGUUUAUACUACUACCCGCAAAAGGUUUGUAAUUUUCACAUGUGGGUAUUUCAAAUUAAGCUGAAACACCAUUGCUCUAAGCCAAUCAAAUUGCAGAAAUUUUUCAUGUAGUAGUAUAAAAUUGAUAAUAUGCGUGUUUUCUUGAAGGGUUCCUGGAAAUUCUGCUGCCGUAACCGCUUUACAAGAGGAGCUUAACUCCAGAGGAAUAGAGAAUGUUUGUUUAGAUGAAGAGGUAAUUGUACCUGGUUUUAUCUUUUUUUAAGUCUCUUUAAGGUGAUUCUUUGAUGGCGAGUGUCCCUAUUUUCCCUAAAUUGUACUACUUUGCACACUGUUUUCUUCUCGCGGGAACAAAGUGAAUAAUCCCGAGCGGGCUAAAUAGGCUCAUCUUGGCCGCUCGGGAAGCCAUUCAGAAUAAAGGAUUCAGUUUUUGCCUUCUCUCGGGUUCAAACCGAUGAUAGAAAUGUUAUUGUAGCUGGAACUGAUGUUUUUCCAACAGCGCGCGCUCUCGUUGGUUACUUCGAGCUCACAUGAUAUCUAACAAUAAAACCGUGUCCCUCCAUAAUCUCUGGGCGGGCCACAUUGCAAAAUCUAUGACGUCAGAGUGUUGCACUGUUACCUGCGAAUGUUGACCGACGACCGCCGUUUCAGCGAGGUUUAAUGAAUUUCCAGCUUUCAUUGAGUGUUUAAUGUUAAUAUUUUUUCAUUUGUAGAAGUGGAGUGAUGUAAACAACAUAACCAGUCUUGUGAAAUUGUUCUUACGCAAGUUACCAGAAGGUCUCGUGACAGCAGGUAUCGAUCGUUCCUACUAAGGUCUAAUAAGAUUUAGCCAAGGCUAAAAGCAAUGCGUCGUGAAAUCUUUUAAGAAACGUCUUUCUAUUUUUUUUUUAGAAAUUCAUCUUUCGUCAUUAAAAAAUAGCAAACUGAAUUCUUUCCGAAAAAAAUUGACCUGAGCCUGGGAUCAACUGAAAAACAAUAUCAGCGGCCAGCGGAUAACUUUAAAACACUUCAUUUAAAUAAGUUGUACACUUGAGCCCGCGAUACAUGUAACACUGGUCAGCAGUUACCCUGUUUUGAAAGCUGUCAAUUGACCAUUACAUGGAUGUCCAAUGUCAAGUUAAACACAGAUUGCAUAUGAUUUGGACUCGUAGCUAGUGUGACAUUUACGUUCGCCAACAUGGAGGGGCGGACAGUUCGCAUCUUAUGUAAGACGAGUCUUAUUUUUCCUCGUAUAAGUGGCCCUAAUAUGGUCUUUUGUGCAUACACCAUUCGUCUUUAGAUUUGUAUGACGCAUUUAUUGAAUCAAACAAGAAGGAGGAUGCUAGUGAACGAAUGUGGUCAAUUCGAUCUGUUGUAAGUAACCAUGUAUAUUCUUUCUUUGAAUUUUAAUAAGUCAAGAUCAAUUUUAGAACCUGGCCAUUUCAUAGGGAGAAAGGGGCUACCCUAGCACUUUCACAUUUCUUUUUGUACUUGACAUGUUUACGAGGCGUGUGGAAUUUUCUUGGCGCUUUGGUUAACCUACUUGCCUUGCAAGUGCUCUAGUAAGGAUAACUCGCCUACGUAGCCAUGACAACUUUGCUCCUUCAUGCCUGUCCAGUCGUCAUGGAAAUUCGAGUGGAGCUCUCGAAUUUUUUUUAGCAAUUAUCAAGUCGGUAAAGGCCGGUUAGGCGACACACCAGCUAUAACAACUUAACACUUCUUAGUUUUGUCUGUUUUUUGUGAACAUAGUUUCAGGGUUUGAGCUAGGAUUUGAUCACUGGGGGACAAUUUGACCCCUUGGCUAAAAUUUUGGGGGACAUUUUCAUUUUUAGGGGGACAGAAAUUUGUACACCCUUCUGCUGAUGCAAAGGGGUUUGUCUUCUUAGCAGGGCUUCUGAUAGGUCUCGGAAGAAAAAGUCAAAUUUCGCGGGAUUUUUAGGGACAAAUUCGCGGAAAAAUCGGCCGAUUUCGCGGGAGUUUUCGGGGCAAACUUCACCGAAAAGCAAUCGGUAAAAAACGGCCGAUUUUGUGGUUAUUUUCAAGGCAAAUUAAGCUAGAAAUCGAUCUGUUUUGCGCGGAUCAGACCAGCCUUUUUAACGUUUUUCUAACAGAGGUCAUCAUUUGCUCUUUCAACAACAACACGCUCCAGAAAUGAACCAAUGGCAAAGCCUCUAACAUCAUGGCUAGAGCCCAGUUUUUCGCAACAUAAUCUGUUUGCACGUUUCAGUGACGAAGUUCCGAGAUAAAUUUGCAAGUUUACGGCUAGUAAAUAGCCCCUAUAGCUGAAAUAAGUUUCAAAUAUGUUGUACAGACAAGUAUUUGAUAAGAUUUCUACCGAAUUUCGCGGUAUUUUUCGUGUUUUUGUGAACUUCGCGGCUCCGCAACCGCGCGAAGAAUCAGAAGCCCUGUCUUAGAUUUCCGACAAAAAUAGUAGUAGAGCGUGACUGAAACGUAACUUUGGAAUGAACUUUAUAGGUGCGAUAAAAUAUACUUUCUACGUUCUGUUUCAGCUUGCAAUUUCUGUACUGAAAUAAAUCUCAACGUGUGUGCUUCCUUUCGAGUUUUUUCCCUAAAUUUUGAAGGGGACAAAUUGUCCCCUUGGCCGUUUUUUAAAGGGACAAUUCCAAUUGCAGUGCGGGAUUGGCGCAGUGGCGCGGCCUGGCUCAAACCCUGUAGUUUCCCGUUAAUUGGUGACCUUCAACGCUUUUUCCCAGAGAGAUAUCAAGAAUGCUCUUCCUAAGGUGCAAAGUUUAAACAAAACAGUAAUUUAAUUUAAGUGGUACGAGGAUAGAUGAGCUUUUAUCAGGAUGAUUUUGCAAUUUACUUUUUUUAUUUCCAGCUCCAAGAGUUACCAGAACAUAACUACGAAACUCUCAAGUUUCUUAUGAAUCACUUGAAGACAGUUUCAGAUAACUGCGACAAGAACAAGGUAUCUUUUCCUUUUGUUAUGGAUAGCUUUUGAAAACGGCCGACAUUUCGCACCACUGGUGUCCCUGCGAAAUGAGGUCUGAGGACCGAGCGCAGAGGUUCCGUGCUGAAGACGUGUCGGUAGUGCUUCUAAUUGGUUGAAAAUUUGCUUCAGCGUUUGUAAUAUUGGCUGUUUUCUCAGGCUGUGCUAUGGAUGGUGAGAAAAUGUCAUUCCACCUUCUUCAGUUUGUGAGAUACUGGCGAGAAUUUUCCUGGAGUUGAAUUUUUUAGCUCCGGAAAUCCAAGAUCGGGAAAGAAAAAACAUUGUGUCUUGUCUGUGUUCAGUGAGUGACUGUAAAGAGAUGUUCAGAAAAAGUGUGAUGCACGUGAAAAUUUGCCUUGUCUGCGUUUUUUGACUUUCUCGUUGCCGGUCUCCCAGAUCUCUCUCUGCUGGGCAAAAAUAUUACUCGCACUUAAGCCAAUCACAACACCAAUCAGCCAAUCAGAGUUUGAGUAAUGCACACAAUCGUUGUCAAGCGGCGCAAAACACUGGAAACGUUUCACGGACUCCUAAUUAUUAAGAAAGUAGCGAUGGGUUUUGUAAUUCAAAUAUAUUGCUUGGCAAUGCAAAACUUUGUAAUUUCGAAACUGUUUUUCGAUGCUCGUAUUGGACCGCCUGUCCUUAACUGCGCCGUCAGCAAACAGUACGUAAAAGAACAGUAGCUACCUAAUAAUUUCGAAAUUACAAAGGUUUUGCAUUGCCAAGCAAUAUACUUGACUUACAGAACCCAGCACCACUUUCUCACUAAUCAGGAGUCCGUGAAAUAUUUCCAGUGUUUUGCGGCGCUUUAGAAGGAGGCAGCGUGGACGAGCGGUUAGAGCGCCGGACUUGCAAUUCGGAGGCCCCGAGUUCAAGUCCCGCUCUGACCGCUAGCUGGAUUUGUUCUCGGUAGCCCCGAGUUUACCCUGGGUACCAGAGGAUUUUCUCGCGUGCAGAGGAAAUUUUUGUUUCGCGCGGGUCACUAUAAAGACUUGACAGAAACCGGAAACCGCGCUAGAAAAGUCUCUAGCACCCAGGGUAUCCCGAGUUCAGAUCCUCGACCAUGCUUGUAAACAGUAGCCAGUUGGUUUGCCUCCGGCCAGUUGGGAUUCUUAACCCUUUUAAGUUCAAUUUUAAUUAUUUUUUUCUGGUAUUUCCUCAGCCCCACUAGCAUUAGUGCUAUAAAUACUGCCGAGGGUAAAUAACGGAAUUAUUAUAAGCUGACUUUUGUAGCAUUUCAUGCAAGCUGUCUCGCAACAAAUUUAGAAGAUAACUAAACGGUGCAACAUGUUCCGCGUUUUUGGUGUGGAGCAAGGGAACAUAUUAAAAAGUCUCAUAUUCUCUUGUGUGGAGAUAUUCCUUUCAACAGUGUCUCUCUUGAAUUACUUUUGUCACGUUGUGUUUAUUUUGAUCCUCAACUGGGUGUAUCUGAUUUUUUCUUGCUUUGAUCAUAUGAAAGGGAACCUCCACUUCAACAAAAAGAUAACUUUAAAUCACAGGAAAUAACUGUUACAGUCAAGUCAAUCUAAAAUAUUUGUAAAGAAAGCGUUUGUAUCCGAAAGAAAUAAAUUUUAGAUUCGCCUAUUUUUGUUUUCAAAUUUUGCGGGCGUCGCCAUCUUGAAUAAUUGUGACGUGUAAUGGUUGCCCUAUUGUUAUUAAACAAAAGCUCUUUGUGUCAGAACAAUAGAGCAACCGUAACACGUCACAAUUAUUCAAGAUGGCGGCGCCCGCGAAAUUUGAAAGUGAAAAUAAGCGAUUUUAAAAUUCACUUUUCCUGAUAUAAACACUUUUUUAAAGACAAAUUUCGAACAAAUUUGUUUAUCAACAUAAUUUUAUUCGAUUUAAACUUAUUCUGUAGUAAGAGUGGAGGUUCCCUUUAAGACGUUAAUGACUUGUUAAAAUGUUUUUGUGUAGAUGGAAGUACGUAACCUGGCCAUCGUGUUUGGACCGACUGUUAUUAGGACGGGAGAUGACUCUAUGAUUGCUAUGGUGAAGGAUAUGUCAGACCAGUGCCGCAUAGUAGAGACUCUUAUAACUGAGGUCUGUACGCUUUAACUGUUUUGCUGACCACAAAUACAGUAGCAUUCUCAUAAACGCCCAUUUUUUUCACCCUAUAAGUAAUCUGUGAUCAGGUAGUCCUUCCAUUUUCUUUGGGUGCCCGUCCGCUGAAUCCAAAAAAGAAAAGAAAACCGCAGCUGUUGUUGGAGUAGUCUGUUUUCAUGUUUUGAAAACCCUCUUAGUUUAUUUUUCAAAAUGAUGCCAAGUGUGGAUCCAUUCAUGGGAAAAUAGUCUUCUUUGCAUUGAAAUAGAGGGACUUCGCCGUGAAGCUCGUAGUGAAGAGGGAAAAUUCGGAAAUUCGAAAAAUUAACGGAAUGAUUACCGUAAAUCCUCUAUUGAACGCCCUUCCCCUCCGUUCCAGGGGUGGAAAGUUAUUAAAAAAGCCCCUCGCCCGUCUUCCUGAUUCUUCAAAGCCUAAUAGGCCAUUUCCGAGUUCCCCCUUUCCUCUGUUUCAAAACGAGGGUAGGUGCUCAGCCUUUGAGGUGGAAAUCAUUUUUCAUUCUCAGGCAAAUAAAAUUCAUUUUCACAAGAAAGGUUGUGCACCAGCCUCAUUUUGAAACGGAGCGCUUUUGGAAUUCGCAAGUGGCCUAUUGAGAUAUGAUAGACUGUAUUUAUUAAACACGAUUGUGACACCCCUUGUUGACUGAUCCGGUAAGGUUUACUCACGUGUUGGAAGUUCGGAUUUGUUUUUGAUCUCCUGGUGUAUCCCCUCCAACUUUCAUGAACUUGAGCUUUUCCCUCUUUGCCAUGUAGGUCUUUAUAAUACUACACCUUGUUUACCUCUCCCCUCCUCCCUCUCCUCCCUCCCAGAAAAAAUAAAUGGUGACGAGAGCAAAUAAAGUGUAUUAUCGGCAUCGCAAAAGCCGCGAAUUGCAGAAACUUGUAACCUGUUCUAAUACUUACUAAAUUUUCUCCGUUUUACCUUCUAUCUUGUUUCAUGAUAUUAAUCUAAACGCGUUGAAUUUUUUCCUUUAGUAUGAGUGGUUUUUCGAGGAUGUAGAAGGUGACGGAUGCUCUAUCAAGGUACGUGUAAAUUCGUAAAAUUCUACAGUGGUUACUUUUUUCAAUUAACCCUACAAUGAUCAAAAACUUGUUCGGUUUCUUGAAAUGGAUUGGACCAGAGUGUAGGAAGUCGUCUAAAAAUUCUAAGAAAUUAUAACAUUUUCUUUUUACUUUCUCAAUUGCCAUUUGCUCUGGGGAGGGCGUGGGGAGGUAACGUAGCUCGUCUUCGCGAUAUGGUCGCUAGAAAAAACUUUACUCGCCAUUGUUUUAGCAGUUGCGUCCGCCAACUUGAGGAUUGCGUGGUACGUGUCGCAAAGUUGGCGCGAAAAUGUUUCAUUCUUACGUAGGAGUCAAAUAAUGUUUCCCCUUUGUCUCCACGUUCUAUUUCCUGUGCGUUUUUUUCCUGUUCUGGCCAUUGCAUAAAGAGACUUAAAUCAUAUUAUACACUAACGGGUCUCACUCAUGAGCCUGGGUGUCCUGUGUUGAAAGCAUGAAAAUCGAUAAAUUAUGAGUGACUACAUGCAAAUAACGAAGCUAACCGAGGCAGGUAGUACGGGAACGUAUCACUUACACUUAAAUUAAAUCCGAAAACAGUCUUGGUUAAAAAAAAGCAACAAGAAAGAUUAUAUUUUUUCUUUGUUUACUUUCUAACUUUCAGUCAGUGCCCUCCAGCGUGGAAUGUACACAAGACCAAAUCCUUUCCCAAAACGUACUCAGCUCCCUUGGACAACUUGCUGUGAAUUUUGGUGAGCAAAAGAUGCAGUUUUUUUGUAACUGAUUAACUUCUCAACAAAAUUGUAAACAAUUCGCAGUAAAACUUUCUCAUUGUCCCAGGCAUGGGUGAUGGUCACGUAACAUUUUUCACGUGUCCUAUAGAGAUAAUCACGUGACAAAAUGUGAUUGGUAUAUGUUUUUUGUCAACCAGAUAGGGUGGCAAUGUUUAUGUUAUGGUUUUUUGAAUGCUGACGUUGACGAAUCAACUUAAUUGUGUUGGAGUUAAUACAAAAUUAUAAUAUGGACUAUGAUCAACAGAUAAAUACUGACAGCCUGUGUUACAGUGUUGUAAUACUGUGUUCAUAUUGAUGGGUUUUUUCUUUCUUUUCGUGUGUUAGGAGACGACGGGACAUACAAACCGAAGGUAAGAGACCUGGUCACCAAAGACCUUUUUAGAGGUAGUUUCUGACGUUAAGCUUUGGCCAGUCUUGUGACAUCCCUAACAUGUACCGGCUCACUUUUUUCGUCUUUAUUUCCACAGUCGAGUGGGAUUUCACUCCACAUCCCCAAGUUUCGUAGCGGCAAGAGCUCCAAGUCUGACUCGGGACAAGGCAGUUCGUCCGAUGGCCCGUUGUCCGAUUCCCAGGGAUCUGAGAGCUCACCUCCGACUGAGAGGGCCCCUAUGCUAAGGAGCCUGUCGGGGGAAGGGUCAAGGUCAAAUUCGCCCACAUUAGAAAGAUCUUCAAAGUUUGGAGCCAAAAGAGUUACUGAAACUUCCUCAUCGGCGGUACAUGUUGUGAUAGAUUCAUCUGAUGCAGAGUUUAGAUCAAAGGGUGCUGGAUCUUUAAAGGCGUACUCGUAUUCGCACCCGCCGCCUCCGUCUUAUCGUCGUGUAAAUCCGCAAAAAAGGCCCACCAGUCCAGGGACCCCUGAUCAGCCUUUUUUACCUUUGGAGGUUAGUUUCUCACUGGGCACCCAAGAAUUGGAGGUUAAAAAGUCGCCCGACGAGCCCCCGAGCGAUACGGACAAUCCCCUAAAGCCGAGCUUCUCCUCGUUCAGCGAGGAGACACGUAGGAGACUUCUGAAGCUGAACCUUCAAAAGAAAGCAGCGGAAAAGAGGCGUCAGAGUGAAGGGGAGAGAGAGGCUUCUUCACCCUUGGUCGAGAGGAACGAUGAAGUGAUAAGAGAUGGAGCGCGUGAUUUUCAUCGAAAGCUUUCUGACCAGGAGAAUGUGGAAACAAGCAGCAGUAGUACUAGCCGUAGUAGCAGCGCGCAUAGUAGUAAGAAUCCAUCGUUAGAUUCCCUUCCAGUCGCACCUCAGACAGAGAAAUUACCAGGCGGACCAGCUCAUGGAGAGCCUUCGCGAGUUAGCGGUAGCUUUAAAACAAGUGACUCUUAUCAAGAUGCUAGAUCGAGAUCGAACGAGACUAUAGUGGCUGUGGUUAAGGGAAGAGGCGUUGUCUCCGGCACCGUUCGACAAUUUGAACCAGCAUGGAGACCCUCUAGCCUGGAUCUUCGGGCAAAACGAGAAAGCACUGAGGACGUUCGUUUGGCCAGGCGUUCGAUGGGCUCUGAGGAGAGCAGUGAUACUUCAAGCGAUGAAGGGGACGAGUGUGCCAUCAGCAUGUCAAAGACAUUUGAUGAAAAGCUGAGGAUCUUGUUGGAUCUUGAGAACCCUUUCGAGAACAAAAGAUCAGGGACGGAUGCUCACAGUGAUGACGAGAAGUCGUCUGUCAGAAGUGAACCUCAGAGAAAAGCAGCUUUGAGUCAAGAGGAGGUGGCUCAGCGCCGAGCAUCAGACGAGCCUGUUGGAAGGGUCUACAAGAUCGUUGGAAUGAUCCCCUCAUCAGAUUCGUAUGGUGCCCCCGCUGCGACGUCUAAUGCUGGAAAUGUUUCUCGGGAGUUCAAUCGCACCGAGAAGCCUGACACGGAACUGAGGUCGAGCAACAUAGUAGAAAUAAAUACAAGGAAAUAUUUCACAUUAACUCCCUCCAGAGAAGAUCGUGCCAGUUUAUCUCAACCGGUAUCGUCUGUUAAGAGAGUUUCCAAAGACGAAACGCCGGAGUCUUCAGUGGGAGCCCUGAGGCAAAGGUUCGAGAGCGGCCCCAGGCGUGCAAGUGAUACACCGAUCCGGACAUCGCCGCAGGGAAAUCAAGGGCACCGGAACAAAGACAGGGAUUCUGCUCCGCCUUCUGUAACAAAGAAAAUCGGGUCAUUGCGAACGACUACUCCCGUGUCACUGAAGGAAUUUAAUAGGAAAAGUGCAUCAAGUCCCAGCAGACAAUCUUUGGAACAACGAGGGAGUGUGCAGAGACCAGCUGACAGUAGAACAACGACUCCCAGAAAUAUCCGCCUUGAGUCUAGCCCUGCAAAACACUCGUCUACCACGUCGCCACGUUACAGCCCUGGAAGAAACGAUGCUGGUGAUGAGAGAAACGUGCGAUCGAGGUUGAACACGAGUGCGGCGCCGGGCGAGCGGUCCAACCGACCGCCACCGUACACGGACAGGGGUUUUGUUGCUCCAAGAGUUAUGAAUCGAGAAUAUGGUGCAAAGUCCAAACUGUUAUCCCAUAAAGAUUCAGCCAAGGAGCUGCUUCCUUCGAAGACAAAGAUACCACCCAGGGACACCGCGGGAUCGCAAACGACGCAUAAGCUGGAAAAGGAUGCGCAGCACAUAGCCAAGCUGCUGGAAGAAAUGCACAGCGAGAGACACCUUCACCUGUCUCGUCAGCAGUCGGACAUAUCAGGACAGGCGCAGAAGGCCGCGGCACAGCGAGCUGCCAUGCGCAGGCGCAGAAGGUCUUUGGGUGACGACAAUGAUGCUGAUCCGACGUCUCCGAGGUCAAACUCGCCCCAGGAAGGCAGCAGACAUGCAUCGCUUGAAGUACCCCACCCAUCAUAUCGUGCGCGGCCUAACAACAGAGAGGCGACCUUUACACGCGGUCCGCCGCGUGGUAACCCUGUGCGGAGUGGAUUUCACACUCUCGCAAGAUGACACCGUUAAUAGCAAUGACUGCUCGGAGUGGCAGCUUUUCCUCCUCUCUGUAUGCCUUUGGUGCUCUACAGCCCAACUUGCGAAUAAGGCGAAGGAUAAGGUAUUCUUGUUUGCGUGCGGUAGAAGUUGGAUAAGGUUGCCAACUAUUUUUCCGAAAGGUGUAAUUAUAAGUAAACUUUUUGGGUUAUUUCCCACCAAAUAGAAAUAUCAAUGAUUCGCAAUGUGCUGCCACCAUUUUAUUAGUGCCGUAAAGAUACCUUUGCAUUCCUUUCGUGACGCAAGUCACGCAAGUCAGGAAUUGGGCUAAAAUUUUAAAUCUGCAUUAACUUAAAUUCCUUAUGUAAUACGAGCAGAGAGGACUGUUAUUUUACCUUUUCUCUUACUUUUAAUGUAGUUGCAUUUUAUAUAACAGCAGUUUUAAAUCAAAUGCAACUUAUAUCUUUCCUAAUCGUGUACAGUUUCACUUUUCGCUUUUGAAAUAUGUUAUUAUCGUAAGUAGAAAAGCACAAAGAUUGAAGUUUCGCACAGAUGCCAUUAUUGCAUCACAAUACGAUAUUCUAAAGUAAGUUAUUGUUAAUAUAUUUCCUUCGUUUGAGGAGAACGAUGCUUUAUUUGUAACCAGAAGUUCAUGCUAGAGAAUUUUUUUGUUCAAUAUAUAAAGUUCUAUAUAUAUAUAUAUAUAUAUGUCCAUGUCACGCAAACCCUCGAAAUCUGGAAAUUGUUGCAUGUGUACAUGAUGUUAUAACCGUGAGUUUGUGUAUUACAAAUCUAUAUGCUACUCAUCUUAAAUUUUUAAAUGUUCAUAUAUAAAAAAUGUAUUUUUUGUUGUUAUAUACAGAAGAAUUUUCUAAGUAUCUCUUCCAAUGCCAUGGGGAAAAAUAAGUGCAAAAAUGUUCAAAAUAUGAGGCGAGUACGCCUUUCAGGUUUCUAUAUUUUUACAAUGUUAUUUUUAUAUCUUAUCUAUGUAAAGUAUUUUCUAAAAAUGCAUCUAUACUUAAGCGAGCGCGCAACUUCGCAUACUCUCUUACUCAAAGAGAACUAAGUCUGACUCGUUCCCAGUUGUCUUAUCGUCUCAUGAAAGGUGCGCGUGACUGGUAACCAUUGCGCUGUCCUUAUUAGGCAGUUGUCAUGGUAGCAAGAGAGCUGGGAGCAAAUCAGAAGUAGCUUAGUCGGUAAUUAGCCAUACCUUAGUUGUCUCUAAUCUCUUUUUCAAAACGAGGCUAAGUGCGCAGUCUUGAAAAUGUCUUCAUUGUUUUUUUAAACUUAUUUUUCUUGAAAGCUUUGUACUUGCCCUCAUUCUGAAAGUGUGGGUUUUGGAACCUAGGAGUGGCCUGUGUUUUAGGUUUUUCAUAAAAAAAUAUAAUAGUUUGAAUAUGCUAUGGAGCGAAGAUUUCAUUUCAACGGAAACUGGGAUGUCCUUUCCUAUUUAAUCCUAGUCAUAUUUGUAUGUAGUCGUCACAUAAGAAAUACAUCUACCGUGUUACAAGCCAGCAAGUGCAUCCUUCAUUGAUAACUUUCAUCUCGUCAAACUGCACUCUUAAGUUUCAGUCACUGUGACUGUGCUAUGGGAAGAUUCUUUUCCGUAGGAAUAAUAUGAAUUGUCACACGCAUAAGAUUUCUUCCGUGACUAGAAAACAACACUUUUCAGUGGUGUUCGAUUUUGAUUGUCACACUUUAGGAUUUCAUUCGAAGACUAAGCAGUUGCCAAGUGAAGUUUCGCUUAGAAUCCUGGGACUGGGAACAGAGGAAAAAAUGGCCAAUAGAUGACCUGAGCGUCACCAGUAACGAUCCCAGAAGUCUUUGCGAAAGCUGACUCCACCCAGUCUCCUCGCAUCUUAAAUGGUGAACAGAUGAAGGCUACCUAACAGGUCAACUGUUACUUCCAUCCGCCAAACUGACGUUGACAGAUUAAUGAUUCGUACACAAAGUAAGGGUUAGGGUUAGGGUUGUUGCUAUAUAUAUUCAAAUCAAACCAUUCAUUGUCAGCAAAUCCUCUGUGGUGUAGGGUUUAAAGUGGUGCACUGCAGAGUCAAUGCUCCGAGAUCGAAUCCUACUCGUACAAUUCUAAAUUUUUUCCCUUAAAAAUUGAAGAGACUUACACUUUUAUGAACAGAAAUUUCCAGAGACAGAGGAAUUUCAUGUAAGAAAAGUGAAAUGUCUUGUGAGAGCCACUGACAGGAAAUGUCCGUUUGGCGGAUGGAAACAAGUGACAACCGACCACUUUUCGUUUUCACAUUUUAAGAAACAAACGACCUUUUUUUAUUCAAAGAUUGAAAGGGUUAAAGACUCAGAGGUUGUUAUUGUUCCCAGGAAUGCGAGCUUCAGUGCGUCAAAUGGAUCCACAACCUCGCUCCCAGGGUUCUCUCUAAGUGGACUGGGAAAAAAAUUGAAUAGUUCCAUUUCCCUGGGCAAAAGGUUCGCAGCUCUGGGCCGAGUUGUUUGAAGGACGAUUAACGAUAAUCCAGGGUUGGUUUCUAUGACAACUCAUAACCUGUGUUCACCCUGUACGCCACAAUAUCCACGUACAAAUUCUCCAGACUCGUGACUCAUCUCCAUACAUUUCUUUAAUUAUUAUCAUCUAAAGAGAAUUAGAUUUAAAAAACCUCAUUUUCCCCUUGGUGAUUAUUUUGUUAGUCAGUUCGUAACCUUAUAGGAGAAAAUUGAUACUGUUCACUCUUAAGGUAAUGUUAAACGAGACGAUUCGCAACGUCGAUUUUUAGCGCAACACUUUGUUGCAACGUUGUUGCGACAUUGUUUAGAAUGGUUACAAUAUCGUUCCAGCAUUGCAACGCUUUGUUGCGCUAAAAAUCGUCAAUGCGAAUCGUUCCGUGUAACAUCGCCUUUAAAGGGUUAACUAGGUUUCGAACAACUCGGCCCCAAGUGACCAGAAGGUUUCUUGCAAUUUUGCUUAGCUUAGCUUGAGUGCAGGUUGGGGUUCCGGCAUUGAUACAAUGAUGUAAUCACGGUUAUACAGUUUAGUUUGCUUCGGUGAAUAAAAUCA